GGGUACAUCUUCAGAGAACCCGUCCAAAAAGGCCCGAGGAAGGCCUCCUAGUUCUUCAAAAAAGCAGCUUGAUGCUUUAGGUGCAGCUGGAGUCGGCUUUACGCCCCAUGUGAUCACAGUGAAUGUUGGGGAGGACAUAGCAUCAAAAAUAAUGGCCUUCUCACAGCAGGGACCACGUACAGUUUGUAUACUAUCUGCAAAUGGAGCCAUCUGUAACGUCACCCUUCGCCAACCAGCAAUGGGAGGUGGCACUGUGUCCUACGAGGGCCGAUUUGAAAUCAUCUCCUUGUCAGGUUCCUUCCUGCGGUCGGAAAGUAAUGACAGCAGCAGAGCAAGUGGUCUAAGUGUGUCGCUGGCUGGUUCAGAUGGUAGAGUAUUGGGUGGUGGAGUUGCAGGAAUGCUUAUGGCUGCCACGCCCGUGCAGGUAAUUGUAGGUAGCUUCAUUGCAGAAGGGAAAAAGCCAAAGUCUAAGGCACCAUCUUCAACACCACCAUCCAAUAUGUUGAAUUUUGGUGCUCCAGUCACAGAAGCGAGCCCUCCUUCUCAAGGUGCCUCAAGUGACUCAUCUGAUGAAAAUGGCAACAGUCCUUUCCACCAUGAACCAGGACCCUUUGGUAAUGCUGGCCAACCUAUGCAUGGUAUGUCCAUGUUUGCAAAUAUGGGCUGGCCAAAAUCACUGUGAAAAAUGCUUCCUUAGUUGACAUGACAUUGCCAACGAUAUUUGACUUUCCUCAUUCCCUACAAUAGAGUUGGCAAUAUAUUCGCGAUGCUAACAGGCAGAGUAUAGGCGUUUCUUGAGUUCUCGACUUGAGCUUAUUUUCCUUCUAUUUCCCCCCUUACCUUUCCCCACUUUAAUAUUUUUCCUUUUGGUAUGUAGUUGAUUUGUACUAGCUGAGGUAAAAAGCAUGGCUGAUUUACAGAAAGCCAUUUCCAUGGUCGCUUAGGUGACAUUUGGUUGAGUAUUUGUUUUAACUUUGUAACUUCUUUUAGGAAUUACUCCCUCCGUUCACUUUUACUUGUCCGCUAUUGAUUUUGUACACGCUUUAAGAAAUACUCUUUCCGUUCA